AUGUCGGCGGCGGCGCAGCAGCAGAAGGCGGCAGCCUCGACCUCGGCGGCGGGAGCGGAGCAGGAGGAGGUGGAGCACGGGCCAUUCCCCAUCGAGCAGCUCCAGGCUUCUGGAAUAGCUGCAUUGGAUGUGAAGAAGCUGAAAGAUUCUGGUCUCCACACUGUGGAGGCUGUGGCGUACACUCCAAGGAAAGAUCUUGUGCAGAUCAAAGGGAUAAGUGAAGCUAAAGUUGACAAGAUAAUUGAAGCAGCAUCCAAGAUAGUUCCACUGGGAUUUACAAGUGCCAGUCAACUUCAUGCACAGCGGCUGGAGAUUAUUCAAGUUACAACUGGAUCAAGAGAGCUUGAUAAGAUCUUGGAGGGUGGGAUAGAAACAGGAUCUAUCACUGAGAUAUAUGGUGAGUUUCGCUCUGGAAAGACUCAGUUGUGUCACACCCUUUGUGUUACAUGUCAGCUUCCACUGGACCAGGGUGGUGGUGAAGGAAAGGCUCUAUAUAUUGACGCAGAGGGUACAUUCAGACCACAAAGGCUCCUGCAGAUUGCUGACAGGUUUGGACUGAAUGGUGCUGAUGUGUUAGAGAAUGUGGCUUAUGCCAGAGCUUAUAAUACGGAUCAUCAAUCUAGACUUCUGCUGGAGGCAGCUUCCAUGAUGAUAGAGACCAGGUUUGCUCUCAUGGUUGUAGACAGUGCCACAGCUCUGUAUAGAACUGAUUUCUCAGGAAGAGGGGAGCUAUCAGCGAGGCAAAUGCACAUGGCUAAGUUCCUGAGGAGCCUUCAGAAGUUAGCAGAUGAGUUUGGAGUUGCUGUGGUUAUCACCAAUCAAGUAGUGGCACAAGUGGAUGGAUCUGCUAUGUUUGCUGGACCGCAGUUCAAGCCCAUUGGUGGAAACAUCAUGGCUCAUGCUUCGACCACAAGGCUUGCUCUUCGCAAGGGACGAGGGGAGGAGCGGAUCUGUAAAGUAAUAAGCUCUCCCUGCCUGGCUGAAGCCGAAGCAAGGUUUCAGUUAGCUUCUGAAGGUGUUGCAGAUGUCAAGGACUGA